UUGGAUGGGGGGCCGGAGGGGGGCGGAGCCUCUCCAACAUGAGUAAAUGACGUCAGCUCCCGGGUCGCCGAGCAGAGAAACAAACAUGGCGACAGAAUGGAGCGGCCAGCAGGGUUACGCUCUCACCGUCAUUAUCUGCCUGUGGAGCGCGGUGGGCGGCCGGACGGAGACCGCAGCGGCGGCUGGAUCCGCCCGGGUCAGCGGCGGGAGCCAGGUGCUCGGCAUGCGGGUGGAGAGGAGCGACAAGCCGUCCAGCACCAAUGACGACGGUGUCAUCCAGGUGACCGAGGAGAGCACCGUCCUGCUCCGGUUCUACGGGGUGCAGCUCCACUCGGGCGCCUGGACGCAGAUCCGCUUCACGGAGGUACCGGAGAGCGGCGGGGAGGAAGAGGAGGAGGAGGAGCAGGAGGAGGCGGUCUCCGCGGCCAGGGGAGGCAGCGGCAUGAUGGACACGCCGGAGCGGACAUGUGUGGACUUUACAAAGGACAUCAAAGUCGGGAGCUACAUGAACGUGUCCAGCCGGGGAACCUCCGGGCUGCUCAGCGUGCGCGUUAAGCCGCUGCGUAAAAGCGAGCCGCAGAAGGAGUACGCGCUGUGCACGCUGAGCCAGGAUGGCUCCAGGUGGCUGAUGCUGGGGGAGAACGACGGCAGGGUGCUUGUGGUGGAGGAGAAGAAGUCCCUGCUGCCCAUGUGGCUGCAGGUGAUCCUGAUCUCCUGCCUGCUGGUGCUCUCCGGGAUGUUCAGCGGCUUGAACCUCGGGCUCAUGGCGCUGGACCCCAUGGAGCUGCGCAUCGUCCAGAGCUGCGGCACCGACAAGGAGAAGAAAUACGCCAGGAAGAUCGAGCCUAUCCGCAGUAAGGGGAACUACCUGCUCUGCUCCCUGCUGCUCGGAAACGUCCUGGUCAACACCACCCUCACCAUCCUCCUGGAUGACCUGAUCGGCUCCGGCCUGGGCGCGGUGGUAGCCUCCACCAUCGGCAUCGUUAUCUUCGGGGAGAUCGUCCCUCAGGCGCUGUGCUCCCGCCACGGACUGGCGGUGGGAGCCAACACCAUCAUGGUCACCAAGCUCUUCAUGCUCCUCACCUUCCCGCUCUCCUUCCCGGUCAGCAAGCUGCUGGACGUCCUGCUGGGUCAGGAGAUCGGCACCGUGUACAACCGGGAGAAGCUGGUGGGGAUGCUGCGGGUCACGGAGCCCUACAACGACCUGGACAAGGAGGAGCUGAACAUGAUCCAGGGAGCCCUGGAGCUCCGCAACAAGACGGUGGAGGACGUGAUGACCCCGCUGGCCAACUGCUUCAUGAUCCAGGCGGACGCCGUGCUGGACUUUAACACCAUGUCGGAGAUCAUGGAGAGCGGCUACACGCGCAUCCCCGUGUUCGACGAGGAGAGGUCCAACAUCGUGGACAUCCUGUACGUCAAGGACCUGGCGUUCGUGGACCCGGACGACUGCACCAACCUGAAGACCAUCACCAAGUUCUACAAUCACCCGGUGCACUUCGUGUUCCACGACACCAAGCUGGACACCAUGCUGGAGGAGUUCAAGAAAGGUAAAUCCCACCUGGCCAUCGUCCAGAAGGUGAACAACGAGGGGGAGGGGGACCCUUUCUACGAGGUGCUGGGACUGGUCACCUUAGAGGACGUCAUCGAGGAGAUCAUCAAGUCAGAGAUCCUGGACGAGUCGGACCUCUACACCGACAACAGAAACAGGAAGAAGGUGGACCCCCACAAAAACAAGCCAGACUUCUCAGCCUUCAAGCAGGACGGCGACAGUAAAGUGAAGAUAACACCUCAGCUCAUGUUGGCGGCACAUCGUUUCUUAGCCACAGAGGUGAACUUGUUCAGCCCGUUCCAGAUCACAGAGAAGGUCCUGCUGAGGAUCCUAAGACACCCACAGGUCAUUCAGGAGCUCAAGUUUAACGAAAAUGACAAGCGAUCGCCGCAGCACUUUCUCUACCAGAAGGGGAAACCUGUUGAUUACUUUGUACUCAUCCUGCAGGGUCGGGUGGAGGUGGAAGCUGGAAAUGAGAACAUGAAGUUUGAGACCGGCCCGUUCUCCUACUACGGGGUCAUGGCUCUGAGCUCUUCAUCGCUGGCUGUCACGCCUCCUCUCUCUCCAUCAGUGGCGUCCCCCCCACCACGACGCCUUUCUCUUAAGAGGUUUUCUGUGUUCUCUCGUUUCCCAGAGUUUCGCUCUCCGUCGCACGCGGGGAACCUGAACCGCUCGGCGUCUCUGAGCUGCACCGAACGCGCUCAGGAGAGCGGCUCUAUGAGCGGGAGCAACACUCAGAUCCCAGGAACCCCGUUCCAGUACAUCCCAGACUUCAGCGUUCGAGCUCUGGCUGAUCUUCAGUACGUCAAGGUCACCCGCGCUCACUACCAGAACGCUCUUCUGGCGUCCAGGUUGGACAGCACGCCGCAGUCUCCAGAGGGCAGCCACGCCUGCUUGGAUAUUUCCAUUUCCUUGCCUCCAUUGACGCCCCCAGAAACAAAAACCCCGCUGGCUCUGGCCACGCCCCCUGGCAAGCACCCGUCACCCAACUCCCAGCCCACGCCCCAGAGCGCCCGCGCCUCCUUCACCGUGGGCUCCGCCGGCCGCAGGUCGAGCCAGGUCUUACCCCAGGCCACGCCCCCUCCGAGCAACCACACCCCUCCCUCCUGUGUGGGCGCGCUGCCAUGUGCUCUGAAACCUGCUGUGGGCUCAUCGCUUCCUUCCAAACCUCAGCAUUCCCCGCCGUCCGACAGCGGACCGGGAGAGACCACCACUCUGCUCAGUGAGCAGCCGAACUGCGCGGGCCUCCGCCGGCCCAGUUACACCCAGUCCUCCCAACAUGUCCACACCAUCAGUCACACACACACUGAAAGCACCAUUUAACUUCAGAGAGCUGUCUGUUCCAUACCUUGCACUACUAAAAAAAAAACAA